AUGAAAAAGAUCACACCUCUCCUCCUCGCCUGUGCGAUUUUCCUAAUCGCCGCCAACCCGCCGCCUGUCUCAGUUUUCGGCCCGUGUCAACGUCGAUGCGUCAAACAGUUUGGCGAGAUUCAAAAACGUCACACCAACAUCGACACCCAAUUUUUGUACACGAAUGUGUCGAAUCGCACCGAAUUCUCGUUGUGCAAAUUGGGUUGUAGCAGUCCGGAAUACACUGAACUUCAUUUGCCCGCUUUUCGAUUUGGACAAAUUGCCUAUGAGGAGAUUUUGAAUAGCAUUUCACCCACAGGUAGGAUUUUUUUAGGGUUCUUAAGAGUCUUUAGGUCUUUAAGGAUCUUUAGGUCUUUUUUUAGGAUCUUAAGAGUCUCCGGGUUUCUUAGGGAUCUCUAGGUUUUUCUUUUAAAGAUCUUUAAGAAUCUCCAGGUUCUUUAUAAGCUUUGGGAUCUUAAGGAUUUUCUUUGGGUUCUUAAGAGUCUUUGGGUAUUUUUUUAGGUUCUUUAGGUCUUUCUUUGAAGAAUCUUUAAGAGUCUUUAGGUCUUUAAGGAUCUUUAGGUCUUAAGAAAUUUGUAAAGUACAGAUGUCUAAUUUUUUUUAUGUGAUAGAAAAAUUUUCUGAUUUUUUUGGGGAUUUUCUAAAGAUUUUUUUGACUUGCUUUGAUUGUGGAUUGAUUCAAACUAGAGUCUAGUUUGGUAUUUUAUUGAAAACAACUAUAGUCUAGUUUAGUAUUUUAUUGAACACAAGUUAAAAUAGGCUUUUCAGGCUCUCUGGGCUCUCUAAGGCUUCCCAAGGCUUUCCAAGGCUUCUCAAGGCUUCCAAAGGCUUCCCAAGGCUCUCUAGGUUCUCUAGGCUCUCUAACCUCUCUAGCUCUCUAUUUUUUUCAAAAACCAAAAAAAAAAAAAUUUGUCUUCAUCCCCAAAAACAAGUUAGUCCUACAAGGUCUUUUUGUGUUUUGCGCGGUUUUCUGAAGAAGAUUGAUGAUUUCUCAAAAAUGCCGUGAUUUAUGAAUUGGACAAAAACAGUAUGCGGUGAAACACAUUGAGAAUUUAUGACUGAUAUGGUUUUUAGGUAACAACCUAUUGAAAAUAGGGGGAUUUUUAAAGAAAAAAAAAGAAGAGUACUGUAAAUUUUGGCGCCAAAAAAAAUAAAUCUAAAUUUUCAGCACUCAUUCACUUGCCAAAUCCAGUCAAAGAUGUUCAAAUUUUAUGUCUCGACAAAUCGCCGGCAAAUCCGAAUUCCUCCAAAAAUUCGACACAACAAAAAUUGACUGGAAAUAUUUUGCUGAAAUUUGAUGAUGAACUGGAGGCGCUGGAAAAUGUCUAUUUUAUUGAAGUUGUUGCAAGUGAUGAGGAACAAACUAUUUUGUUUCAAGAUUGGGUGAGUUUCAGACAUUUUUCAGAAUAUUUUAGAAGGUUCGGGAGGUUUCAGAAGGCUUCAGAAGGCUUCAGAAGCAUCCAGAAGUCCUAUGAAGCUUUCAGAAGCUUUCAGAAGCCUCCAGAAGCCUUCAGAAGCCUUCCGAAGUCCUAUGAAGCCUCCAGAAGGCCUUGAAAGGUUUCAGAAUCCUUCAGAAGCCUCCAGAAGCCUUCCAAAACGUUCUCGAACCUCCAGAAGUCUUCAGAAGGCGCCAGAAACCUUCAGAAACAUUCUCAAACCUUCUGAAGCUUCCAGAAGCCUCUAGAAGCCUUCUGGAGUUUCCAGAAGCCUUCCAAAAAAUGCUCAAACCUUCUGAAGCCUUCUAAAGCCUUCAGAAACCGUCAGAAACCUCUAGAAGCUUCCAGAAGGCUUUUGUAGCCUCCAGAAGUCUUCUGAAGCCUUCUGGAGCCCUCUGAAGCCUCCAGAAUCCUUCAGAAGGCUUUAGAAUCUUUCAGAAGCCUCCAGAAGCCUUAAGAUUCUUAAGGUUCCUAAACUCCAGUACUUAAUCAACUAAUUAAAUUUUCUCAAACCUAAUUAAUUAAUUAUUUUUGGUUUGCAAAACAAUAGCAAUCUGUUUUCCCAAAAAUCAAGGUUGUUUUUGAUAAAUCUCUUUUUUUUUGGUGAGAAAAAAUUUUUGACGUGAAAAUUGAAUUUUGAUUUCUCAAGUGGUAGGUAACAUAUUUUGAGAGCGAAGUUAGCGGAAGACACUUGAAAAAUUGUACGAAAAAAUAAUUUUUUUUUGGAAAAAAAUUUUUCAUCCAGAAAAUCUGAACUUGGGGACUUCAAAAUCGAUAUUUUCAGUGCUACUCAAGUCUUUGCAACAUCUCAUUUUUGGCUCCGGAAAAUGCUCAAAUUCGAGCCAGAUUGUCGAGUUUUGAUGAAAAUGGUGCGAUUGGUGGAAUUGUGCACUCGAGUUGGUAUCCGAUUUCGGAAGAGCCCAAUUUGGAUAUGAAAGUUGUGAGCUUGGUGAGUUUAACAUGAGCAAUACAGUAGACGGACUGCAAAGUCACAAAUUUCCUUGAAUUUCCUCAGCUACAGUAAUCGAACUAUAAAUUCCUCAAGUAAUAUUAUUUUCAAAAUUAAGUUUAAAAAAUGCUGGCUACAGUAAUCGAACUACAAAAAAAACAAAAACAAAUCUGAAUCUUUUCUAGCUACAGUUACCGGACUGCAAAUGUCUAGUUGCAAAUUGUUUAUAGAAAUGCGCAGCAGCUUUUCAGAUUUGUUUAAGAUUUGUUUAAGUCUGCAUUUUUCUAGCUACCGUAACCAGACUGCAAAAGAUUAGGUAAAAAUAUAGAUAUUCGCAGCAUCUUUUUUUAGUGGUACUGUAUUUUUUCAAAUUUUUUUAAAAUUUUCACAGUACCGUAGUCAAACUACAAAAAAACAAUUAUCAUUUGAGGCAGCUACAGUAACCAGACUGCAGAAGUCUAGUUGCAAAUUGUUUAUAGAAAUGCGCAGCAGCUUUUCAGAUUUGUUUAAGUUGUACAGUACUUACCGUAGUCGAACUGCAGAAAAACAGUGAUAUUUGGAGCAGUCUGAAGCUUCUUCAGAUACAGUAACCAAGCUGCAAAAGUCUAGUUGCAAAUUAUUCAUAGAAAUUUGCAGCAUUUUUUAGUGGUACUGUAGCUCUUCAAAUUUUUUCGAGUUCUACAGUACUUACCGUAGUCGAACCGCAAAAAAACAGUCAACAUUUGGGGCAGCUACAGUAACCAGACUGCAAAAUACUUACAGUAACAGAACUGCAAAAUUUCUACAGUAAUCAAGCUGCAUGAAAAUACACAGAUAUGUCUAGAUAUAGUAACAGACGGAUUCUUUUUUAGCUACGGUAACCAGACUGCAAAAUACUUACAGUAACCGGACUGCAAAAUUUAUCUCUAGAUUCUAAAAUUGAUUUAUGUACUUCUAGAGUUCAUAAAACAAUUUGUUUCAAAAUUGAUGCUACAGUAACCAGACUGAAAAAUUUCUACAGUAAUCAAGCUGCAAAAAAUUUAAAUAAAUUUUUUUUCCAAGUUCAAAAAUCAAAAGCCAAUUUUUUUUUCGUUCCAGGAUUGGCUCGACGACAAAGCGGCAGCCAAAAUUCAAUUAAUCCCCAAAAAAUCAAAUCUCAAAAUGUUCGCUACAAAUCGAAUUCAAAAAUGA